AUGUGGAGAUCAUGGAGCAGACAAUUUUCCGUCGUGGAGGUCCCUGACCAAUCGAUCUUGCUUCACUCCCAGGCACUUUCCAGCAUAAUCGUGGCCCCGAGAAGCGAAAACAACCGCACCUAUGCAGAUCAUGGUGCAGGCAAUUUUCCGUCGAGGAGCCACAAGAAGCGAAAACAACCGCACCUAUGCAGAUCAUGGAGCAGGCAAUUUUCCAUCGUGGAGGUCCCUGACCAAUCGCUCUCGCUUCACUCCCAGGCACUUUCCAGCAUAAUUGCGGCCGCGAGAAGCGAAAACAGCCGCACCUGUGCAGAUCAUGGAGCAUGCAAUUUUCCGUCGUGGAGCCCUAAGAAGCGAAAACAGCCGCAUAUGCGCAGAUCAUGGAGCAGGCAAUUUUCCGUCGUGGAGGUCCCUGACCAAUCGAUCUCGUUUCACUCCCAGGCACUUUCCAGCAUAAUUGCGGCCCCGAGAAGCGAAAACAACCGCACCUAUGCAGAUCAUGGAGCAGGCAAUUUUCCGUCGAGGAGCCGCGAGAAGCGAAAACAGCCGCACCUGUGCAGAUCAUGGAGCAGACAAUUUUCCGUCGUGGAGAUCCCUGACCAAUCGCUCUCGCUUCACUCCCAGGCACUUUCCAGCAUAAUUGCAGGCACUUUCCAGCAUAAUUGCAGCCGCGAGAAGCGAAAACAGCCGCACCUAUCCAGAUCAUGGAGCAGGCAAUUUUCCGUCGUGAAGGUCCCUGACCAAUCGCUCUCGCUUCACUCCCAGGCACUUUCCAGCAUAAUUGCGGUCGUGGAGGUCGCUGACCCAUCGCUCUCGCUUCACUCGCAGGCACUUUCCAGCAUAAUUGCAGCCCCGAGAAGCGAAAACAGCCGCACAUGUGCAGAUCAUGGAGCAGGCAAUUUUUCGUCGUGGAGCCCCGAGAAGCGAAAACAACCGCACCUGUGCAGAUCAUGGAGCAGGCAAUUUUCCGUCGUGGAGGUCCCUGACCAAUCGAUCUCGCUUCACUCCCAGGCACUUUCCAGCAUAAUUGCGGCCCCGAGUAGCGAAAACAGCCGCACCUGCGCAGAUCAUGGAGCAGCCGCGAGAAGCGAAAACAGCCGCACCUGUGCAGAUCAUGGAGCAGACAAUUUUCCGUCGUGGAGGUCCCUGACCAAUCGCUCUCGCUUCACCUCCAGGCACUUUCCAGCAAAUUGCGGCCCCGAGAAGCGAAAACAACCGCACCUGCGCAGAUCAUGGAGCAGGCAAUUUUCUGUCGUGGAGGUCCCUGACCAAUCGCUCUUGCUUCACUCCCAGGCACUUUCCAGCAUGAUUGCAGCCGCGAGAAGCGAAAACAGCCGCACCUGUGCAGAUCAUGGAGCAGGCAAUUUUCCGUCGUGGAGCCCCGAGAAGCGAAAACAGCCGCACCUGCGCAGAUCAUGGAGCAGGCAAUUUUCCGUUGUGGAGGUCCCUGACCAAUCGAUCUCGCUUCACUCCCAGGCACUUUCCAGCAUAAUUGCGGCCCCGAGAAGCGAAAACAACCGCACCUGCGCAGAUCAUGGAGCAGGCAAUUUUCCGUCGUGGAGCCCCGAGAAGCGAAAACAGCCGCACCUGUGCAGAUCAUGGAGCAGGCAAUUUUCCGUCGUGGAGGUCCCUGACCAAUCGAUCUCGCUUCACUCCCAGGCACUUUCCAGCAUAAUUGCGGCCGCGAGAAGCGAAAACAACCGCACCUGUGCAGAUCAUGGAGCAGACAAUUUUCCGUCGUGGAGCCCCGAGAAGCAAAAACAGCCGCACAUGUGCAGAUCAUGGAGCAGACAAUUUUCCGUCAUGGAGGUCCCUGACCAAUCGAUCUCGUUUCACUCCCAGGCACUUUCCAGCAUAAUUGCGGCCCCGAGAAGCGAAAAAAGUUGCACCUGUGCAUAUCAUAGAGCAGGCAAUUUUCCGUUGUGGAGCCCCGAGAAGCAAAAACAGCCGCACCUGUGCAGAUCAUGGAGCAAGCAAUUUUCCGUCGUGGAGGUCCCUUACCAAUCGAUCUCGCUUCACUCCCAGGCACUUUCCAGCAUAAUUGCGGCCCCGAGAAGCGAAAACAACCGCACCUGCGCAGAUCAUGGAGCAGGCACUUUCCAGCAUAAUUAUAGCCCCGAGAAGCAAAAACAGCCGCACAUGUGCAGAUCAUGGAGCAGGCAAUUUUCCGUCAUGGAGGUCCCUGACCAAUCGCUCUCGCUUCACUCCCACGCACUUUCCAGCAUGAUUUCAGCCGCGAGAAGCGAAAACAACCGCACCUGUGCAGAUCAUGGAGCAGACAAUUUUCCGUCGUGGAGCCCCGAGAAGCAAAAACAGCCGCACAUGUGCAGAUCAUGGAGCAGACAAUUUUCCGUCGUGGAGGUCCCUGACCAAUCGAUCUCGCUUCACUCCCAGGCACUUUCCAGCAUAAUUGCGGCCCCGAGAAGCGAAAACAACCGCACUUACGCAGAUCAUGGAGUAGGCAAUUUUCCGUCGUGGAGCCCCGAGAAGCGAAAACAGUCGCACAUGUGCAGAUCAUGGAGCAGGCAAUUUUCCGUCGUGGAGGUCCCUGACCAAUUGCUCUCGCUUCACUCCCAGGCACUUUCCAGCAUAAUUGCGGCCGCGAGAAGCGAAAACAGCCGCACCUGCGCAGAUCAUGGAGCAGGCAAUUUUCCGUCGUGGAGCCUCGAGAAGCGAAAACAGCCGCACCUGUGCAGAUCAUGGAGCAGGCAAUUUUCCGUCGUGGAGGUCCCUGACCAAUCGAUCUCGUUUCACUCCCAGGCACUUUCCAGCAUAAUUGCGGCCCCGAGAAAUGAAAACAACCGCACCUGCGCAGAUCAUGGAGCAGGCAAUUUUUCGUCGUGGAGGUCCCUGACCAAUCGCUCUCGCUUCACUCUUAGGCAUAUUCCAGCAUCAUUGCAGCCGCACCUGUGCAGAUCAUGGAGCAGGCAAUUUUCCGUCGUGGAGGUCCCUGACCAAUCGCUCUCGCUUCACUCCCAGGCACUUUCCAGCAUAAUUGUGGGCACUUUCCAGCAUAAUUACGGCCCCGAGAAGCGAAAACAGCCGCACAUGUGCAGAUCAUGGAGCAGGCAAUUUUCCGUCGUGGAGGUCCCUGACCAAUUGCUCUCGCUUCACUCCCAGGCACUUUUCAGCAUAAUUGCAGCCGCGAGAAGCGAAAACAGCCGCACCUGCGCAGAUCAUGGAGCAGGCCAAAUUCCGUCGUGGAGGUCCCUGACCAAUCGAUCUGGCUUCUUUCCCAGGCACUUUCCACCAUAA